GUAGCAUUUGACUUGGCACCGUUGUGAGUGUCUAUCGUGCAGCCCUACUAGCGGUGAAGCAACGCAGGCAGACACUCUUCAUGCACUGGGCAGACUCUGUCCCCAUUCACCGAGAGAGCAGCUACACGGCCUCCUCCAUCCAGUCCAAACCAGUAGCUGAGGCGCCCGGCUGUCUGUGCCGUCCGUCAUGUCAUCUAUGUAUCUACAAGCUGUCUACCUACCUCCUGUACGUACAUACAUGUGAGAUCUCUAUCUAUCCGCUGCCCUGCCUGUGUAUGGUGGCAAGUGUGACGGCCAGUAUAAGAACCGGCAGCACGCAUGCUACUAUGAAUAACGCACACAUCAGACUCUCCUGCAGUGCACACACGCACAUCACAUGCGAAUGAACACACGAUGACUAACCGCCCCUCAAGAGUGUUCGUGUGCCUAUCUAUUGCCCUCGUCUCACCUUGAUUUUCAGCUCUGGCAGCUGCAUCCCGACCCUUUCCGCAUUGCCCUUGUCAUCGCACAACGGCCCAUUCUCUCGCCUGUCGCUAUCUCCCCCGCCGCCACACUUGGGACUCAAUGAAGGCGUCAUGGCCCCGCCCCCACCUUUGUCGGCAUGGGGGUGCCUGGCGCGAAGGUGGGGGAAGGGCAUGGGCGAUCUUGCGGACGGUGACGGGGCGGCGGCACUAUCCAUGGCUGACUCGGGGCUGGCUGGGCCCGCUGGGCCGCCCCUGGUGUCACGCAUCAUGUGGUAUUGCUCGAUCUCUGCCCAAUACUCUCGGUAGUCGGUGUACUUCUUGUUGGAACCUGCAGGCACAGAUGCACAUGGACACACACUGGGGCGUCAGAUCCACGGGCGCGGGGUGAAGUGGUGUCCCGGCAGUGUAGUGGGUGCGAUGCGAUGUCACCUUUGACGCGUGCUGCUGGGUAUUUCUUUUCAUUCUUGGCGAUUUUCUCGAAGAGCGCCUCUCCCAGAUCGAUGCCGCACCUGCAUGACACACGCAUACAGGCUUCCACGCAAGGCUUCCUCGCGUCUUUGCGUGAAUGAGUUACCUACCUGUCGGCCAGCCUGAUGAGGUAGGCAGCCACGUCGGCGAGCUCUUCCCGCACCAUCUGCCGCUUGUCAGCCGCAAAACCAGGCAAACCUGCUCCACACAAACACGCCACGCCACGUGCGGGGGCUCAUAUCACAUUGAUCAGAUGGUGUGUGCAGUGUAUGUGUGUGUGCCUGUAAGUACCUGGGGCGGCUUCGCCUUCGGUGCGCCACUGAAAGAGCUCUGAAAGCAGACAGACAGAAGAGUGUGCAUGGCCAUCCAUGUAUGGCCAUGUGUGUUCACCCAUCCCAUCCACCAACACACGUACUGUACCUGCCAGCUCGCCUACUUCGCCGACUAAGGCAAGCACCAAAUUGCGGGGGGAAUGAUACCUGCACGCACAGAAAGGACACAGACAAAGAGGGGGAAACACAGCAGGGAAACCAUUCACACUGACUGCCUGCCCUUCUCAGCUGAGGUGUUCCAUCCAUACUGGUUCCAGUCCCUCUCAUGUGCAAAGGAACUCAGCCUCUCCCUGGCCUCCUCAAAGGUCACACCAGACCACUCGCGGCCCACAUGACGCGUCAGCCGCUGCUCGAGCUUCAGCGAAGGGCUCUCGCUCUCAGCCGCCCCCUUGCCGUGGGUGUCCUCGCCCGUGACGUGUGUGGCUGUGGCGUGGCUGGAGAAGACGCGUGACGUGGCUCUGGAUGAGAGGUCUGCGUCCUGGAGGUCUCUGAGACUGUGGGAGGCUGCUGUCGUGUUGGUGUCGAUGUGAUGGGUGGUAUCGGUGCUUGGCGGGUCUAUACAUAGGCCGUCGUCGUCAGAAUCCAUUGUUUCUCUUUCUCCUGAGAAGGGUCGAG